AUGGCAACUCGUAAUCCACCCGCGGUUGGAGUUCUUUCCAUCCUCCUCUCCAUGAUGGCCACAUCGGCCAACAGCCAGUACGCCUACGGCUCCAUAGCUUCCUGCGCCGACUUCGACUGUAAUACGGGCAUCUCAAACUGCACCGUCCAAGAACGGUCCUACAACGUCGCCGGCUCGGUCCAAUUCCCCUCCCCUUUCGGCGACAACACGAACUUAACAUGGACGACCGGCGCAGUGAUGGCCUACCCGGAUGGUCCUACAUAUCCCAACCUGGUCAAGGACUACUACCUCGGAACACCGCCCGAUCUAGACUUGUCGAGCGAAGACGGAGUGAACGGAUUCCACGGCUGCGCGGCGUUUUUCGUCGAUUCGAAUGCCUCGUUCCCCUCGAACCAGCAACCGGGGACAUGUGGGGAUGUGCUCGGGAGUAAAUGCGUGACAGCCUUGACGGAUCAAGCAGAGGAAGCAAUCGGCGACACGACGUUCCGGCGCGCAGAGGAUCUCUGCUCGCGCCUCCAAGCCAUAACAGUCCCCUUAGCCCCGCAACCCCCGACGACAGAACAAAACGCCUCCUCAAACUGCCACCCGGUGAUCCCCUCAACCCACAACCUCGCCUUCACCCUCAACUUCAACGCCAGCUGCUGCGACGACUCCCUCUGGAGUAAAACCCUGCGCGGCAUCGGCAACGACACGAACCCUAGCGAAGAGACGAUAAUCGAUUUCCUCGAGCAUCAGGCCGUGCCGAUUUUGACCAAGUUCGGAAGGGUGGAUGGUAGUGAGGAUGGAGGUGAUGUUCCGCAGUCGAGGCUGACGAGUUUGUCUUGUCUUGAGGCGCCUGUUGAGGCGAAGAAUUUGGCGAGUCAGGCGAGUGAUGCGGAGGGCGAUGAGGGUGCUGCUGCGGCUGUCCUUCCCGGGGGAUCGUGGGUUGCGAUUGUGGUGGCGAUUGCGGUUGGGUUUGCUGCUUUUGCGUAG